AUGGGUUGGGUGGAUAAUUAUUCUUCCUGUCGUCGGUUACUAGAACAGCAAUUGACAGACCUGGAAGCAGCAAGGCUUAAGGCAGAAGAGGAAGCUGAAGCAAGACUGAGGGUGUUGAAUGAACUUCGCAGCAUUAGAAGGCAGAGGGAGAUAAUAGCUGCAUUAAAAGAUCAGAAUUGGAUGUGUUGGCUUGAUCUCUUUCUUAGCAUGGGCGGAGGCGGAAUCGACGGAAACAGUGGUGGUGGUGGUGGUGGUGGUGGUAGUGAUGGUGAGUUGGGAUUUGAUUCCCUUUCAAAUGUUGGUCGAACCGUAGUCUUGGUUGGACGUACUGGCAAUGGUAAAAGUGCGACGGGAAACAGCAUCCUUGGAAGGAAGGCAUUUAGGUCGCUGGCUAGCUCUGCUGGGGUUACAGAUCAAUGUCAGCUGUACACCACUGUACUGAAAGAUGGUCAUAUCCUUAACGUAAUCGACACUCCCGGAAUAUUCGACUUCACCCCUGAGACUCACAUGGGUGAAAGGAUUGUUGAAUGCGUUAAAUUGGCCAAGGAUGGCAUCCAUGCUGUUCUUCUUGUAUUCUCAGUAAGAAGCCGCUUUUCGAAAGAAGAGGAAUCCUCCCUCCGUUGCUUGCGAGAGUUGUUUGGAGAGAAAAUUAUUUAUCACGUGAUUGUAGUUUUUACUGGUGGGGAUGAACUUGAAGAAGAAGGCGUUGCACUUGAAGAAUACUUGGGGCGGUGUUGCCCUGUCCCUUUGAAGGAUCUUCUGGAGCAAUGCGGAAACCGAAUGGUUCUGUUUGAUAAUAAGACUAAGGAUGAAGCAAAGAAAGCCGAACAGCUUCAAAAGCUCGUGGCUCUAAUAAACACAGUUGUAGCGCUGAAUGAUGGUCUGCCAUAUACAGAUAAUUUAAGUGGCUCUAAUAAACACAGUUGUAGCGCUGAAUGA